AUGGUCCCUCGCAACAUCCUCUCCGCGGAUGCCGCAGAGUAUCAGAGUCCGUUCGGUCGAUCCUUCACCUCCAGCUCCCCCAUUGCCGCCUCCAUCAUUGCCCGAGACCUCGCUCACUAUGCCGACGAGGACUCAAUCGACACCAAUGACAGUUCCGACUCGUCGACGGUGCGCCCCUCCAGCAGCUUAGCAGGGACGAACCCGCAUUCCCUAGCCGGCUCUUAUCGCCGCCCGAGUAAUUUUACCUCCGUCAACCAUACCACCGUGAUUCUCUCAAAUGGCGACUACCAGCCUUUGACGCAAAGCGAGCGGGAAGACGCGAUUGAAGAAGAGCGCAAUCUGCUAAGUGAUAACAAGAUCAUCCCUCCAGAGCAGGCCCACGGAAUACCCCACGGACCGCAACAUAAGCUAAGCAGCCUAUUCUCGACAUCUGCCCCAGAGAGUUCGUCCAAAAGGUAUGGGUCGGUUCGAAGCACAAGUGGAGUGGAUGCCGAGACCGAGGCGAUCGCUACCGAGUCUACAGCGUUGCUGGGACCUCCUCCCGGAAAAGGAGACGCGAUGGGACCGGAGGAAAUCGAUCGGAAAUGGGAAGAGGCCGUGACAGCUGGUCUGAUCAACACGACGUGGCAGCGGGAAGCCCGAGUGAUUGUAAGAUACUCGGCGCCAUUAAUGGUGACCUUUCUGCUGCAGUAUUCACUGACGGUGGCGAGUAUCUUCACCAUUGGCCAUUUGGGCAAAGAGGAACUCGGAGCCGUCAGUCUGGCUAGUAUGACAGUCAGCAUUACUGGAAAUGCAAUUUAUUCUGGUCUGGCUACCAGUUUGGAUACCCUGUGUGCACAGGCGUAUGGAUCCGGUAAGAGAAAGCUGGUCGGGCUGCAGAUGCUGCGUAUGGUGUUUUUCUUGUGGUUGGUGACUAUUCCCAUCGCCGUUCUCUGGUACUUCUCCGAGCACAUCCUGGCGAAGAUUGUUCCAGAGAAAGAGGUAGCCAAAAUGGCUGGUCUGUAUCUCAAGGUUGCUUUGCUGGGAACACCGGGAUUUGCUUGCUUCGAGAGUGGCAAGCGUUAUCUCCAGGCCCAGGGGGGUCUUCUCGGCAUCGCUAAACUUGAGAUGGGCUUCGUUGGUGCUCCAAUCGCCGUUGCAAUUACGGAGAAUCUCAUGCCAAUCUGUCUGUUUACAUAUGCCUACUUCUUCGUGGGCUCGGAGUGUUGGUGUGGCUUCACUCGUCGAGCCUUCGAGAACUGGGGUCCCAUGAUCCGCCUCGCACUGCCGGGUCUGAUCAUGGUGGAAGCCGAGUGUUUGGCGUUUGAGGUCCUGACUCUGGCGUCAAGUCAUCUCGGCACCACCGAGCUCGCCGCGCAGUCGAUUCUUUCAACUAUCUCGAGUAUCACAUGGCAGAUUCCCUUCCCGCUUUCCAUCGCCGGUAGCACGCGUGUUGCAAAUUUGAUCGGCGCCAGUCUGGUCGGUGCCGCAAAGACCUCAGCCAGGGUGAGCUUCUGUGGUGCUACCAUCGUUGGUAUGUUCAACAUGGUUCUGCUGAUGUGUCUGCGAAACUACAUUCCAAUGCUCUUCAGCUCGGACUCGGAAGUUGUUGAUCUUGUCGCGAAGGUCCUUCCUUUAUGCGCAGCGUUCCAGCUCUUUGAUGCUCUAGCCGCCAACUGCAAUGGUAUCCUUCGUGGUCUCGGCCGCCAGGAAAUCGGUGGCUACAUCCAGCUUUUCUGUUAUUAUGCCAUUGCCAUGCCCAUCAGUAUGGGCACAACGUUCGGCUUGAAUUGGGGCGUCAUGGGUCUGUGGACUGGUGUGGCUCUUGCUCUUCUACUUGUGUCUGGAGCCGAGUUCUUCAUCCUUGGCCGAAUCAGUUGGGAGCGGUCUGUUGAUGAAGCUCAACUGCGCAAUGAGCUGACCUGA